CCAUCCCGACGUCACCCGGGGCCGGGCGGUAGCGAGCGCCCGUCCCUCUCCCCUGGGGAAAGAGACCUUUUCUUCCAGGCUUUGCGGCCCCGGGUGGUUUAUCCGUGGCAGGUGGUUAUUGCAGCAGCAGGGGCUCUUUGCAAGCAUUUAUGCCAGAUUUAUAAACCUGCUGCAGGCACCCGAACAGUCACAGCGUUUAUAAAUCACGCCAGGUAUCGGUUAUCAGCGCCGACGCUGAAAUCCUCGUGGCAGGCAGCUAAGCUAAAGGGAGCGGGUGGCGGCUCUGCCCCGCACCGCUGAGCAGUUUCCAACUGUGAGUAGAUCAGGUGGGUCUCGCUCCCGUGGAGUGAGUGACCGUGGGCAGAAAUGGGGGGUGGGCGGCCGUGAUCGUUGCAUAAAGCUCUGAAAUGGUGGUCUGAGCCGAGGAGAGGUGGGACGUCAGGGUAAAGGUAGGUAGAACAGCAGAAAACGCUUUGGCAGCCGAGGCUGGAAAAGCAUCCCACAUCACACACACACACCCCCCCCCGGUUUUUGAGAUGCUUAAACCUCACCCAGGCAAAACCACCCGGGCGUGAUGGCUGUGCAGAGCUGGACCAGCCCUGCCCCUUUGCCGCGUCGCGACGCCGCCGGCGCCACUCCGAAGCCAUCAGCCGAAGCUGCAUCUCCCUCCUCUGCCUGGAGCCAGGAAGGGAUCUCUGUCGUCGUCCCUGCCCGGUCCUGGGAAGUGGUUUGAACCCACGCAGGGAGAAGGAUGCUCCUGGAGCGUGUCUUAGCAAAACAUAAACACAAAGCCCUGCCUAAUUUAAGAGCAGGAUUAUUUUGUUUUCCAAGUGCUGCCAGUGAAAUGUUUUGCUGUAGUAGAAAGUAAACAGUAGAAAAUAAAUAUUUAUGUUGGCUCUGAGCAGCAGAAGGAUCCUUCGGGUGGUCGCAUGAGGGAAGAGCAUCUCCUGCCCUCCUCUCUUCGCUUGGCUUCAGGACCGUGGUAUUAAUGAGCCAGGGCAAAAGCAGCUCUGCACAGCCCGGCUGCGGCGUGGCAGGCUGGAGACAGCGUUUCCUGCGAUGGCUCAGGCCAGGGACAGCCCCGGUUCAGCUGAUGCCAUUUUCCGAAGCUGCUUCACCAUAACAGGAUGCGAAACUUCCUGUGCCGAGUCCCCCGAUAACGCCGAAGACCAGAGCAGCGCUCGGUGGGAUGCCUGUGGAGCGGGACGGGAUGGGGAGGAUGUUUCCCGGCCACGUGUUUUCAGCUGGAGGAGCUGAGACCUGAAGGUUUUCAACUGGAGCAUGAAGAUCGGAGGUUCAGGAUGGGUCACGGGGGCGGCGGGGCAUUCCUGGGUUGGCACGGCUUCGCUCCGCUCGCUGCGAAACAGGAGAUGCUUCAGGAGGUGCUUUGGGAUCCCUGGAGAAGAAGGGGUUUAAAAACUGCCUGUGCUUGCGAUGCACGGAUCGACAGAGGUCUGAACCAGGAGGACUUGCCUGCAGUCUGCUCCUGCGCGGGGGCACCGUCUCGCCUGGGCAAAUUCCCACGCAGCGACUCUGUCAUUAAAUUAUUCUGCUGAGACGAGUAACACGCAGAGACCUGGGAGGGGGCGCGGGGCUGUUCUGGUGACAGUAUCGGCUACGUGCCAAUCCUGGGAACCUGCAUCGAGCGGAGCAGAAGGCCCUUCGACGCCCGGGGCCAUCGCAGCCGUCGGAGUUCCACGGAAGAGGCAUCGGAAGGAGCAGAGCAUCCCUCAAAUGCCGUUCUGCUUUUUGCGGAAAUCGGAUUAAAUGCAACCGAGCAAAGUGGUCCCGGAGCCUGUCAGACUUGCUCCCGAGAGGGAAUUCAUCAAAUCCCUGAUCGCCAUCGGGAAGCGCCUGGCCACCUUGCCGACCAAAGAGCAGAAGACCCAGCGGCUCAUUUCGGAGCUGUCGCUGCUGAACCACAAGCUGCCGGCGCGCGCCUGGCUCCCGACGGCUGGCUUCGACCAUCACGUGGUGCGGGUGCCCCACACCCAGGCAGUCGUCCUCAACUCCAAGGACAAGGCUCCCUAUUUAAUCUACGUUGAAGUACUUGAAUGUGACAAUUUCGACACAGCGAAUGUGCCCGCUCGGAUCCCCGAGAACCGCAUCCGGAGCACCCGCUCGGCCGAGAACCUCCCCGAGUGCGGGAUCACGCACGAGCAGAGGACCAGCAGCUUCACCACCGUCCCCAACUACGACAACGAUGACGAGGCCUGGUCCGUGGAUGAUAUCGUGGAGCUGCAGGUGGAGCUGCCGGAGAUUCACACCAACAGCUGUGACAACAUCUCCCAGUUCUCUGUGGACAGCAUCACCAGCCAGGAGAGCAGGGAGCCCGUGUUCAUCGCUGCUGGAGAUAUCAGGCGGCGGCUCUCGGAGCAGCUGGCGCACACCCCCACCUCCUUCAGGAGGGACCCCGAGGACCCGUCCGCGGUCGCCCUGAAGGAGCCCUGGCAGGAGAAAGUCAGGAGGAUCCGGGAAGGGUCCCCCUACGGCCACCUGCCCUCCUGGCGCCUCCUUUCCGUCAUCGUCAAGUGCGGGGACGACCUCCGGCAGGAGCUGCUCGCCUUCCAGGUCCUCAAGCAGCUGCAGUCCAUCUGGGAACAGGAGCGUGUCCCGCUCUGGAUCAAGCCAUACAAAAUCCUCGUCAUCUCCGCCGACAGCGGCAUGAUUGAGCCGGUCGUGAAUGCUGUGUCCAUCCACCAAAUCAAGAAGCAAUCCCUGCUUUCGCUGCUGGAUUAUUUCCUGCAGGAACAUGGCAAUUACAACACCGAAUCCUUCCUGACGGCCCAGAGGAAUUUUGUGCAGAGCUGUGCCGGUUACUGCCUGGUGUGUUACCUGCUGCAGGUCAAGGACAGGCACAACGGCAACAUCUUGCUGGAUGCGGAUGGACACAUAAUCCACAUCGAUUUUGGGUUCAUCCUCUCCAGUUCCCCCAGGAAUCUUGGCUUUGAGACCUCUGCCUUCAAACUCACCACGGAGUUUGUGGAUGUGAUGGGCGGGCUGGACGGGGACAUGUUCAACUACUACAAGAUGCUGAUGCUGCAGGGGCUCAUCGCUGCCCGGAAGCACAUGGAUAAAGUUGUGCAGAUCGUGGAGAUCAUGCAGCAAGGGUCGCAGCUCCCCUGUUUCCACGGCUCGUCCACCAUCCGCAACCUGAAGGAGCGCUUCCACAUGAACAUGACGGAGGAGCAGCUGCAGCUGCUCAUCGAGCAGAUGGUGGACGGCAGCAUGCGCUCCAUCACCACCAAGCUCUACGACGGCUUCCAGUACCUCACCAACGGCAUCAUGUGAUGGCCGCGGGCCUCCCUCUCCCAGACCGGCUCCGUGGCCGCUGCUGCACCCGGCCCAGGCCUGAGCUCUGCCCCGGGGAAGAGGGCUCAGGCCUCAGUGGUAAAAAGGAGGCUGAGUCUCAGCAUCUUCCCAGGGCUGCUUUUUUGCCAAGACUCCGCAGCAAAAUGAACCAAGAAAAAAAAAACAAAAACAAAA